GUAUUUAUAGAAACGAAGCGUGCAAGUUCAACCAAUCCUUAUCUCUCGCUGGUUAACAAAUGAUCGUUGUGGUUUGGAUUUUGCUCUCGACCGUGCCAGGUCGUCUGUGCUCAGAUUUACGGGACAAGCGUUUAUUACUUAAUGAUCAGACGGUGGUUCAUGAAACGAUCCAGCAACUGCAAGUGGAAGUUCAACAGUUAAAAACGGAAGUUACCCAGCUCAAACAGAGUCAAUCUGCUUCCUCUUCCUAUACAUCGUACAUUCGAUGGGGCCGGCACAGUUGUCCAGCGAGUUCAACGCUGACUUACAGAGGUUUUGCUGGAGGUCAUCCCUACAACGAGACAGGCUCCGGUGUAAAUUUUCUGUGUCUGCCGGACGAUCCGUUAUGGGGUAUACACAGAGAUGAUUUCAAUUCCUACUCCGGUUGGAUAACCGGUGUGGAAUACGAAGGAGGAUACUUUUUCGGUAGUGGAACCAGGAAUUAUGACGUACCCUGUGCAGUUUGCUUAACCCCCUACUCCACGUCCAUUAUGAUCCCCGCGAGAAAUGUCUGCUAUGACGGCUGGCACAUGGAAUACAGUGGGUAUUUAAUGUCUAAUGCUCAUCGUCACAUCGGAGAAUCUGAGUAUUUAUGUGUUGAUGAAAAACCAGACAUCAUUCCAAACAGUCAAAGCAACACCGACGGUGCAGUCCUGUAUAUGGUAGAAAGCGUCUGCAGGUCAUUGUCUUGCCCACCGUAUGUAGCGGGUAGAGAAUUAACUUGUGUUGUGUGCAGCAAAUAAAAAUGGAAUGAU